AUUGUUGCCAACAAUAUGAAUAGCUCAGUGUCUCCAACUCACGAAGACUAGUGAUACGAGGUUAAGCUCAUCAAGUAGGGGAUAAUAUGUGGUAGGGGUGAAGACACAAAACCACAUAAGACUGGGUGAAGCUAAACAUGUCUACGACGUCUCUCUUCUAAAGGUUCAAGCGCGACACUGACACCGAUAACCGAUAACAGACGUCCGCUACACCAUGCGUCGAACGUCCGAGACUAAAAUGUUCAUCACAUCAUAUAUGACACACUUGCCAAUUGAGAGGUGUCGAACGUUGUAAACAACGCUGGAAGCAUCGUGUGGGACCCGCAUUAACUGCAAAACGAAGAGGGGCUCCCUAUUCGUGUUCCGUGUUCCCUAUCUCUAUGCAUAUAAGUGCAUUCAAUUGUGCAUUUAUUAUGAUAGUUGUCAAUUGUCAAAAGAUGAUUAUCACAGAAAUAUUUUUUUAUUAUAUCAUAAAAUGUAACAAAUCUAAACUAUGGUUUUGUGUUAUCAAUAAUGGAUAAUUCCCAGGAAUUAUAUAUUAAACAACGUAAGAGGUUACAUGCGAAUGCCACAAAAUCUAGGAUGAUAGUGAACGAAGAUGAGAAUAUUGAGCUGACUGAUACGUGUCGUUUAUUAACAACUAAUUCCGAAGAAUCAAUCGCAAAGACUGAGGUUAUUAUCCAACCAGAACCAUUAUGGGUAACAACAAUACAAAUGUUUAUACCAUUUUUACUUGCGGGCUUUGGUAUGGUAGCAGCAAGUCUGCUACUUGAUAAAGUUCAACAUUGGCCAGUAUACCAAGAGGUCAGCGAAAUCUACAUACUUGUACCUGCACUACUGGGACUGAAAGGAAAUUUAGAAAUGACCUUAGCUUCACGUCUUUCUACUCAUGCAAACUUAGGAGAUUUAGAUAAUGCCGAUCAAAAAAUCAGUCUGAUAGUAGGAAAUCUUGCCUUGAUUUUGUGCCAAGCUAUUGUAGUUGGAUUUUUAGCAUCCUUAGCUGCUGUGGUCCUGGGACUAAUUUCUCUAGGAGCAAUAGAUAUCAACCAUGCAUGUCUACUUUGUGCAAGUAGUAUAGUAACAGCAUUUGGUGCUAGUUUCCUUCUUGGACUUGUGAUGAUAGGUGUAAUUAUGUUUUCUCGAUAUUUCCAUAUCAACCCUGAUAAUGUAGCUACUCCUAUAGCAGCUAGUUUGGGAGAUUUAAUAACACUGGCUUGCCUAUCUUGGUUAGCUUCUGCUUUGUAUUUUAUACAUGAUAAGCAUCCUUAUGUUUCCCCGAUUUUCAUAACUUUAGGGUUGCUUAUGAUACCCUUAUGGGCCUGGCUAGCAAGUAGGAAUAAACAUACUAAAAAGGUCCUAUUUUGUGGAUGGAGUCCCAUAAUUGCAGCAAUGAUAAUCAGUAGCUUGGGGGGGCUUGUAUUAGACUUUACCGUAUCUCAAUAUAAAGGAGUAGCAGUAUUCCAGUUAGUAAUAAAUGGUGUAGGGGGAAACUUGGUAGCAGUUCAAGCUAGUAGAAUUUCAACAGAACUGCACAGGUACGGGCCUCCAGGUCAUUUACCAAGCCACAUGAAAAUGUGCAUAAACCCUUGCUUUGCAUUCUGUGAUAAAGGUGAGACCAGUCAUGCUGGAACUGCUAGAAUGUUAAUGCUUAUGGUUAUCCCAGGACACCUAAUUUUUUCAUAUAUGAUCAGCUACCUGCAAGCUGGACACACAUCUUUUACCUUCAUAUUUAUGGUGGUGUAUCUCACUGCUUCCCUGAUCCAAGUAUAUUUGUUGUUGUAUAUUGCACAAGUUAUGACUUUGUUCAUGUGGAAGAAUGGUGUAGAUCCAGAUAAUUCUGCUAUACCAUAUCUAACAGCAAUAGGUGACUUGUUAGGUACUUUACUUCUAGGUAUAGCUUUUCAAUUUUUGUAUCUUAUAGGUGAUAGGGAUAGCGAUGUUGGGGAUUAAUUUCUAUCACUGCAACAUUAAUAUAACCUGUGGAAAGUUACCUAAAUGAAUCAGUAUUGUUUCCCUUGAAAAUAUGGAGUGUUCUAUCAGGAUGUUUUGUAACAAUAUUUGAGUAAAAUAUCACAAGGAUAUAUUUAUAGUCCUCUGAUUUGUUCCACCAAAAUGUAAUUUAAGUUGACUAGUAAUUCAAAAUUGAAUAAAAAAUAGCAUUUGUUAAACUUUUGCCUUUUUCUUUUUAGUCCACGGGCUUGACAUUUUUUUCUGUUAGGCCAUUAUGUGGAUUAGAUAGACCGUUUAUGCUGCUUCAGUAUCCUGUUUUUAAAAUCUCGAUACGAUCAUUUGGCGCGGAGAUAUCUGACUUUGAAUGGAAAAGGGUCCUUUUGGCAUUGACCACUGAUAUCUCGGUAACCAGUGGUCACACAGAGAAUGUAAAGGUAUUUCGAAAAACUCGAAUACACCAGCUAUAAGAUUUCAUUGCAAUCUUUGAGGAUUUUUUUGUUUCCAUAUGUUGACUUUAGAAAAGUCAAAAAAGUCACUUUUUGCCUUGUUUUGGAAAAUCGAGCGCAUUCUUGGAACUGCUAAUGAGAAGGGUGAUGUUAUUAGGUUUUAUUUAUACCUCAAUGUAUUUGUAAUAACCCUCCACGACAGCAUAUGUAUCUAUUGUAUGGUUCAAACCUGUGGACUAAAAAGAAGGCAAAAGUCUUGCUAAAAAUUUGUAUUGGGUAUCUGUUAAAAUUUAAUGAGAACCAUUGCCCCUAAAAUUUUUCGGCUAAGAAACCUGUAAAACUAAAAUCUUAUAGCUCAAAAUGCUAUUUUUAAAGUCUAGAUACGACCAUUUUUCACCACUAUUGUCAAAAAUCACCGAAAAAAUUGCUCCCCUAAUUUUUUGAGUAAUGUAUGAAUAAAUUUCUCUUUAAAAUUUGCUAUUAUCAUUUUUCAAGUUUCCAUACUUAUUGAAUCUUAAAACAAAAUUUUGCCUUGAUAUCUCAUACUUAAAUGUUGUUGCUGAAUAGUAACUUUUCACAUGGAAAGUAUAUUAUUUAUGUUUUGUAUAGAUGCAAUCUUAUGUAAAAUAUUUGAUAUCUGAAAUAAUUGUACUCAUGUAAAUAUAUAUUUAAAGUGCAGUAUUAUACAGGGACCUCAAUAACCUGUAAAACUGAGUAAAGUAUAUACAACAAAUGCAAAAAGAUUGUAUUUUUAGCAAGUGAUAUGUAAUGAUUUUUUUGCCAAAGUGCACACUGGUUUUUAAACGUUCUUACUUCCACCUUUUAUGUCAAAAAACAAAUUGAACUAGAUCUAAAAAUCGCGGAAUUUCAUACAUAUAGAGUAUGUAUCUAAUAAUCAAGACUGAACUUAGUUGUUUUGUGGAAAUUAGUAAAAUUGUGCUUGUAUAUGAAAAUAAUUUUAUUUAUUUGUGCCAUGAAAAUGUUUAGAAUUCCAUAUGCAUUGUUUCAAAUUAAUUUCAUUUGUGCACAUUCUUGUCUCAUUAUCUAUAAAUGCACUUACUCGCAAAUAGUAAAAACAUGUGGAUUCCUAUUGAUCUUAGAUAAGGUGGUUAUAUGUUUAAAAAAUAAACUCUGAAUGUUUCAUCGGAAACAUAUUCCUAGCGAGGGUUUUGUGAUCUGAAUAGUAUAAACUAUAGAGGACGUCCCAGAAGUCGACGUCAAGCCUGGGAAUGGGGGAUAGGCCAAGUCAUAAUAGUUUUCAGAAAAAUCUAUAUAAAAAUUUAAGUUGUGUACUUUUCUUAUACAAUGUGUUGUGUUUGGUCACGACCUACCGAUAUUUAUUUUUAUCGACAAAUCUACCCCCUACAAUGUCCUACCUAACCCCUCUUUAAAUGGCAGCCAUUUUUAUUUUUACGUUACGAUUACGCUAGUGCAUGUAAGAAAAUUGUAAUAACCGAGUACAUACGUGUCACAGAAUGAUAAAUUUGGUGUCAUUUGAACGAUAACAUAUUGCCCUGGCGAUUAUUGAAAAAUUUGUAUUGAUACUAACCGUCAAACAUACUUAAAAACAGAAAAAAAUAUUAUUUUGUGCAUUUCCUCACACCAUUUAAAAACUAGUAUUGAAGUUGUACUUUUUGUGUGCUAAUGUUACAGCUAAUUGUCUAAUCUACAGAAUGGCACCAAAUUUGUUAUCCUAAGUCUUCUACUUUAAGUAAUAGAUGCUAUCUAGCAUUGGUCAAAAUGGGUGUAAUAAAAUGCAAAUUGCUUUCAAACUUUUUAUACAUAAAAAUGACAAAUCAAUGUUUCUCCUGCAGAGUUUGGACAUGUUCAAUGCUACAGAAGCUGUUCAAAAUGUCCUCCAUUAUUGGUUAUGCACAUUGUUGCUCUUAAAACCAUGUGUCGUGUUGUGCGACGGACUAUAUCCGUGUCAGCUCUAAUUCCGUUCGCAGCGGUAUGGAUCCCUUCCACGAGCUCUUUCCAUGUCGCCGAUACAUGACAGUAAACUUUUUGUUUCAUUGUGCCCCAGAAAAAAUAAUCUAGGGGCAUUACAUCGGGUGAUCGGGUGGCCAAACGACAGUGCUUGCACGACCUGUCCAUGGAGAAUGUUGCCCAUCCAAAUGUUCUCGUACAAUCCCUGGCCAUCUAAGCGUGGAGAUAGCUCAACUGGGCCGACUGAGACUCCGUUUCCUGUUGGAGAGUGCUCGGUCGAACUGUUUGAGAGUUUUCCAAAGACCACAAGUGGUUGCUUCUAUGGUUUAUGAUCCUCUGCCUGGUAAAUUUUGCUUCGUCCGUCCACAGAUUUUUUUCCCAGAAGUUGCAGUCUUGACGCAGCUGCCGUUGAAACUAGGUGCGAACUAUGAUUCUUGCUGCAUAAUCUGGCUCAUGAAGAUCCUGAACUCCUCUAAAAUUUUAGGGAUGUAAACCUUCUCUCUUAAACUUGAAAUUUGUAGUAACGGGAACUAAAAGAUCAUCACAGAUUUUUUUAAAGCCUUUAACUAUUAUGAGUUGGCCUAUCCCCCGUUUCCAACUUGACGACCACUUCUGAGUCAGCCUGUCUAUGGUAUGUUUGAACUAAGGUAUGGCAAAGCUGUGUAGAGAUUACAAAAUACAAUACCCGUUGAACAACGGUAAGCUUCGUUAUAAAAUUUAGCAAACUGAUAGCAGUGCAAUAUCUUUAGUUCAACCAAUGCACAUUGAUGUAAGAAUUAUACAGUGGGUCAAUAACAAAAAGGUGAAUCUUUUAUACUAAAUUCAUUUGAAAAUUAACAUCCAAAUAGUCAUUUUUUAUGGAAAUGGAUUGGAGAAAUUGGAAAUAAUAUAAAAAUAUAUAUAUUUAUAUAUAAAUUAUAAAAUUCAACUGUCAAAAGAAACAUUUAAAUAAGUAAUAACAACAUUUAUGUACACUUAGUACUUUGUUAUCAUACAAUUUUCAUUAAUUAUGGCCUAAAGCUAUCGCGGCAUGGAGAUGAGUUAUUUAUGGUCUAAUUUGGUCUCAUUUCUGCAUAAAAGUAUCUUGUAGCUGCCGUUUGGUAGAAAUUUCACAUUUCCGGGCCGUCAGAUCAAGCAAGUACUACAAACGGUUACUUUGCAAUGUUCCUGCACAACAAUCUCUGGAUACCGAUCUUAUUAAAGAUUUGUGGUUCUUGCUGGACCUGAAGGCCCGAAAAAGUACAAGCUACAAGAAGUUCUUUUGCAGAAAUGGGACGAAAUUGUACCAGAAAUAACUCGGAAUCUUCAUGCCACGAUGACUUCAGGCCAUAAUUGAUACAAAUGGUAUGAUAGCGUACUAGCUGUAAAUAAAUUUUGUCAAUACUUAUUCACAUGUGUAUUUUUUUUAGUGUGCCAAUAUUCAUUUUGACCAUUGAAUCUCAUAAUUCCUAUCACCAUUCUUAUAUUGACCCACUGUAGAUUAUGUUUCAACAGACCAGAACCUUUUUAUAACAAAGAUGAGAAGUGAGAUGUUAUGUGAUUUAAAUAAAAU